AUGUGCGGCAUAUCACCACGGGAUGGCACAACCACUAUUCUUGUGGUCCUCGGCAUCUUCUCCUUUCUCACCGUUCUGGGUGUCUCGGUUCGACUGUGGCACAAUGUCCUGAGACAUGGGUUCAGUGUCGCUGAUUCCUUUAUUCUGAUGGCUUUCCUUCUGGCAGUGGGCCAGAUCGUUGCCAUAGCGUUGAUGGUUCGAGGCGGCAUGGGAAAGGACUUAUGGGCGGUUGAUCCAAACAAUAUCAACAAUGUCCUCAUGAUCUUCCUGGUCUUCUCCUGCUUCUACGUCAGCGUCCUCACAUUCACCAAGCUCUCCUUCCUGAUGUUCUUCCGCCAAAUAUUCGUGUCCGAGACAUUCCAUCGGUUGACAAUUGCAUUGGGCGUUGCGUCCAUCUGCCAGGGUGUUGGGUUCGUGCCGGCCGUGAUUUUUCAGUGUACCCCGGUCUCGUAUGCCUGGACGAACUGGGAUGGAGAGCACGUUGGGAAAUGCACAAACUUCAACGCCACGGUGUGGGCGAUGGCUGGAUCAAACACGUUGCUGGAUAUUCUGAUCAUUGCGCUGCCUAUACCGUGGCUGGUUAGGCUGUCACUAGACAUGAGAAAGAAGCUGCAGAUGGUGGUAUUGUUCAGCAUGGGGUUCUUGUAUGGUGUCCUUCUCCUUGCGCACGAUGUCGAUAACCAACCUUCAGGGCCCAAGUAUUACCAUCUCAAAGUCGCGAAGACGUCGAAUUUCAGCUACGACUACUACCCCGUAAUCUACUGGACGGUCAUCGAAGUCGACACAUGCAUAAUAAUCGCGUGCCUGCCAGCCGUGCGUCAGGCCCUGGGCCGCCUCAGCCCGCAGCUCUUCGGCAGCAGCGACGGUCCAUCGAACUACACAUCCGGCACUCGCCCCAGAUCACAUAAACCGUCUCUCUCGCGUCGCCGUGCUCGGGGGUCAAUAUCAGCGCUAGAGUCAAAGUCAUAUAAUGAGCGGAAUAUCAACAAGACGACUUCGCUGACGGUUUCUUAUGCGAAGCGGCCGAAUGACGAGAGUAUGGAUAAUGUCCCACUCGUUGAGAUUGGGUCUGCGAGUGAUGUUUUGGGGUAUUCGAGGCGGCAUAGCCGGAUGUGA